AGUCAAUUCUUGAUACUUUUGCUAGGAAGUAAGAAAAAAAAGAGAGAGAGAGAGAGUGGUCCAUCCAACUCUAAAAAAAGACUGGUGAAUAGCUAAAUUAAAUACCAAUAUUACCCUCAAUAACCUCACAAUUUUCAAACAUAGCAAGCAUUGCUAAAAAGCCUAAAAACUCAAACAAAGUAUAAACCAACCACACAUCAUGAGACAGACAUGUGAAAAGAAAUAAAAAUAUCUAAUUCGGUGACAUCUUUUGUAUUAAUAAGACUUCAAACACAAACUAGAAUAAAUGAAAAAGUGGAUUUUGAUUAGUUAACGUACUAAUUACUUAAUUAGUUUUCACUAAUCCAAACAAAACCCUUCUUCCCCGCGCUGUGUCUUUCUUUUUUUUUUACUUUCCCCUUUCUCUCUCUCUCUCUCUCUCUCCAUUAUCUCUCUGUUCUCAAAGAAGAAGAAGGAGAGGACAAUGCCAGUUUCUGCAGAGCCUUCUUCGACGACAAUAGGUCAACACAUCAAACUCCAACGACCUAGGAAUCAUCGAAACCUCCAACCCACCUCCACCGCCGACGAGCCUCUUCUCCCCAAACCUAGCAGCCGCGUCUGUAAAUCCGCCAUGUCUUCCUUUUUCCUCUUACCAACAACCAACGAAACCACCAGAAAGAAACCAAACGGUUUCACCCAAACGGCGUCGUUUCGUGCUCUCGGCUGCACAACCUCCGCAUCUCAGCAUGUUUCUGUCCCCGCUGUGAUUCGAUCUUCAGCAGAUUGGGAUGCGAAUAGUAGUAAUCACAAAAUCAAGAAGACGAAGAAGAAGAAGAACAAGAACAAAGGUAACAGCAGCUACAAUGGCGGCGGUUCGAUUAAGAUCUUGAGCGAGUCUACUAAUAGUAGCAGCGUUGGUUGCGCGGCCAUUCCUGAUGUCUGGUGCGGACCUGGAGUUGGGUUUUCAACGGAUGCGGUUGUCAGCGGCUCCGUUGAAACCGUCGAGUCAGAUCCUCCGAGAAGGAAUAUUCCGGUGAGACGCAAAAUCGAUGGAGAUAAUAAAACCAGUCAUAACCAACUCCAACAGAGAGAGGUUUCUUCUCUUCUUCCAAUACGAUCUCUCAAUCAAGAAUCCAAUCCUUAUUUCGAUUCUGAUUCGACCUUUUUGACAUCGCGGGCUGAACAGAGUGAUAGAUAUCAUCGUCAUCUACGUCAACCUUACUACCCUGAUGGACUCGCUGAGUUGCAGAUGAUGAUGCUGCAGAAUGGUUUUGUAAUGGGAGGGGUUGUAAGCUCAUACGAUCGCUUCCGUGACUUGAGGCUCAAUGUCGAUAACAUGACAUACGAGCAACUUUUGGAGCUUGGUGAUAGAAUUGGGUAUGUGAAAACUGGACUUAAUGAAAAACAAAUCAAAAGCUGUCUACGGAAAGUCAAACCAUUCCGUUUAGAUACACCAGUUGAAGACAGAAAGUGCAUCAUCUGUCAAGACGAGUAUGAGGUUAAGGACGAGGUAGGGAAAUUAAAAUGUGGGCACAGGUUCCAUAUCCACUGUGUGAAACAAUGGCUAGUGAGGAAGAACUCUUGUCCUGUUUGUAAAACGAUGCCGUACGUUAAGUCUUAGAUUUAGAGAGGUAUAUCAUCUCCUCCUGUGAUGAUGAUUCCUCAUUUUGUGAUUGAAACCAAUCACUAUUUAUUUAUUUUUCUUUGAAAGAACCAAAUCUUAUGUAGAUUAUUUUGGGUU